GAACAAUUACGCACUGAAUUAAAAGCCAAAGACGAAGCAUUCGAACGAUUACAACAAGACAUUCACACAUUGAACAGAAAAUAUGUGGCCCAAAUCGAACGGGUGGCGGACGUCCAACAUGAAAAAGCACUCGUGGAACACGAGCUUGAAGAGUUAUCGACACGCUUGUUUGAAGAAGCCAACGGCAUGGUCGCAGAAGAAAAACGUCAACGAUACUUGUUAGAGCAACAGUUGCGACACACUCAAGAACAUUUAAUAGCGGAACAGAGCCAGUUGCAAGAAUUACGCGAACGCAUAGAGCAGCUUCCUCAGCAUCAGCAACAUGACGAUAAUAGUGGUAAUGGUGACAACGGUAAACAAAUGUCAAUUGAUCAGAUCCAGCUGGAAGCGUUUCGUGAAUUUGUUCGAGCAUCACCAAAUACCCCCUUUAAAAAGUUAAAUCAGUUUAUGUACAUGAAAGUCUGUCAGCAAGAAGACGUCGAACCAUGUCUACGAUUCGGUCCACAUUCCCGCUUGUCGGUCAAAAAGAUGAACGAGUAUUUGUCACGACAACCCUGUUUCAUUGAACAACUUGACGAGGAAUCGCAAAAGACAAUGACGAUCAACACCAAUCAUCAUCAACAAUGUUCGGCAUGUGGCAGACCCGCUGAUCAGCAAGGGUCACUUUUAUACCGAUUUAGACUGGACGAGUCAGACGAUUGGGCAGCGAUUGAUCAAUACUGCAGAGACCGACUCGUUGCUGUAUGCGAAUUCUAUGUAUUUAUUCGUAAUGUCCAAAAGGGAUUCUAUGCUGACCGGGAAAUUGAUGACCUCUAUACUGAGAACAUUCGCCUUCGUCUUCAAAUGUUUUAUUCUCGGUAA